UGUUCCGAAUCGACUGUGAGUUUGUCGCAAUAAAUCAGAUAAAAAUUACGAAAGCCCUCCACCAUUGCACAAGUUGGUAACACCCAACUGUUGCCUCACAGCACGACACAACACUACUGCUGUUUGACCGGGAGAGCACAGGUAGCUCUGAUGUUGAAGAGAAGACUGUUUCGCACUGCUGGUCACAGAGGGACAGUAAAAAUAAAUAUGAAGGCGUGUACUCUGUGCAGUGAUCAUGCCAAGCCAGCUGGAGGGAGCAAUGGACGCUCUGAUCCGUGUCUUCUACAACUACUCAGGUAACGACGGAGACAAAUACAAACUGAACAAAGGCGAGCUGAAAGAGCUUCUGAACAGUGAGCUCACCGACUUCCUCACAUCACAGAAGGACCCUAUGCUCGUGGAGAAGAUUAUGAAUGAUCUUGACUCCAAUAAAGACAAUGAAGUUGAUUUUAAUGAAUUUGUGGUACUGGUGGCAGCACUGACUGUGGCCUGCAAUGACUUCUUCCAGGAAAUGCAGAAAAAGAAAUGAGAGAGCAGAACAUCACACACUAUAAAGUAGAUAUGUUAUAAUAUUGUGCUAAAGCUCUGUUAGCUUGUGAUUGUAAAUGUGCAAAACUAUAGCAUGUACGUCCUUGUGUGCAUGACCGGGUGUGUCGCGUUUAUGUGUCUACCUGAAUCGGAAACGUUCCCCUUAACUAAUGUUCACUGAAUAUAUUUAAUUUGUGAAAUUUACCAAUGAAAAAUGUUACCAUUGGAGUGAAAAUUAAACAGAUUUGAUUA